AUGGUAAGUGACGUGAGGCGCGAUGCAGGGGAUCGCAGAGUGGGGUUUGAAAUGGGUGGAGUUGAGAAGGUUUUGGGUUAUGUUAUGAGCGAGUUGGAGAUGUUGGGGGUUCAAGGGGAAGGAGGUGAAGUUGGUGAGGAACCUCGAAAGGAGAAGAAUGAUUCUGCACUCUGCUCCUCCACCAAAAACAGAGAAGGGGUUGAUGAUGCAGCUUCUUCAGCACACAAAUUGCCAAACACAUUCCGUGCAUAA